AUGGCAAAAAGCUCUGAUUCUAAGAAGUGUGUUGAUGUGUCUAAGGUCCGUCCGGGUUUUUGGAGAGAGUAUCGCAACGCCUGUAAGACUCACUCAGAGAUCUGUGGUGGUUCGACAUCUCUCAGCCGAACCCGGCCAAGAAAGAACCGGAAUGUGGUUCAUGUUCCUGAACCUAAGAGGACAAGAACUAGUGUGGAAAAUAUCGGUGCUGCUGAUCUGAAUGGUGUUUCGAGUGAAGAAGAUGCAAGAAGUGAAGUAGAGGAUGCGGAGAGCAGUAGAGAUCGCAGACUAAAGGUGUCAACUAAAGGGAAAAAGUUCAAACGUGUUUAUUCCAACUUCAAGAAGUUUCCCUCCAAGCUGAAGGACCUGCUAAGCUCAAGGGUUCUGGAUGGAUUGAACGUGAAAUAUGUCCGCGGCAUCAGGGUGCGGAAACCUGGGGAAAAAGAUUCACCGGGAGUGAUUAAAGACGGUGGAAUUGAGUGUUAUUGUGAUAUUUGUAAGGGAGAAAAGGUUGUGAGCCCUGCUAUAUUUGAGGUUCAUGCUGGAAGCGCGAACAAACGUCCCCCAGAGUAUACUUUCCUUGAGAAUGGGAAUUCAGUUCGUUCGGUGAUGAAUGCAUUUUUGAGCAGUUCUUUAGACACAAUGGAGGAUUCUGUUAAAGCAGUUCUUGGAGACUUUACUAUGAACCAAUCAAAGUUCUGUUUGAACUGUAGAGAUCUUGACGUUGUCUCAAGACUGUUCUGCAUUUCAUGCGAGGCUUUGAAGAAACCUCAACCUAGUCCAACUCGUACAAUCGAGGCUAUUAAUAGCUGUGUUUCACCACCACCACCAUCACCGCUUACUCCGAGUGAUCCAGAACCAGCUGCACCUCAAAAGCCAUUGUACAAAGGAAUGAAGCACAGCGCAGCUAGUGAUAAGCGUCAUGGAAAAAUAACUAGAAAGGAUCAGCAUCUGCAUAAGUUUGUCUUUCAAGCAUUGGCAAAUGGAGCUCAUGUGACAUACAUUGCUCGAGGAGAGUCACUAUUGGAGGGUAAAAUAAACACAGAGAGCUCUGGAAUUUUGUGUAGUUGCUGUAACAAAACGGUUAGCCCUUCUACAUUUGAAGCACAUGCUGGCUGGGCAUCCCGACGCAAGCCUUACCUGCACAUAUUCGCUGAUGGAGUCUCACUGCAUGAGUUGUCCAUUUCUCUGUUGAAAAAGCAGAAAAUUUCUUUGAGUGCCGAUAGCGAUGGUCGCUGCAGUAUUUGCGAACAAGGAGGACAUCUUUUAUGCUGUGAUGGAUGCCCAAGAGCUUUUCACUUAGAAUGCGUGCCUCUUGAAUCUGAACCGCGUCGCAUUUGGUACUGCAAAUACUGUUGUCAUCAUGUAUACCAUAGCGAAAGACGUGAAGAGCGUAACGCAAAUGCAAAUGCAAAUGCUCAGGAAACUGUGAGGGUUGCAGAUAUUGAACCUUUGGAACAGAUAGCCCCGAGAGCCCCCCUUACUGUUAAUGAUACCGAGGCUGUAGAAGGUGGAUGUUUACUGUGCAGGGAAGAUGAUUUCGAACAAAAAGGCUUUGGUCCUCGGACAGUAAUCAUUUGCGACCAGUGUAAUAAGGAAUUUCACAUAGGAUGUUUGAAAGAGCAUAAGAUAGUUAACCUAGAGAAAUUACCUGAAGAGGACUGGUUCUGCGGCUGGAAUUGUCUUCAAAUUCGUACAUUCUUGCACAAUUUAGUGAUUCGCGGGGACCUGCCAAUUUCAGAUACCCUCCUAAGCUUGAUUAAAAAGAAGCGUGAGGGAAAAGGUUUAGAAACUAAUUCUGGUCUUGAUGUAAAAUGGAGGAUUCUGAACUGGAAGUUGCUUGCUUCCGAAGAAAUUAGGCCGUUGCUUUCAAAGGCUGUUGCUAUCUUUCAUGAACAAUUUGAUCCCAUAGUGGAUGCUGAUACAGGCGACGAUUUCAUUCCAUCAAUGAUUUAUGGGAGGAGCAUCAAGGAUCAAUAUUUUGGUGGAAUGUACUGUGCACUGCUCACUGUCAACCAAGAGGUUGUAUGCACGGGGGUAUUCCGCUUGUUCGGGAGAGAAGUGGCGGAGCUUCCCUUAGUUGCAACUAAUGCAGCUAGCCAAGGAAAGGGUUACUUCCAAGCCCUGCUUGCCUGCAUCGAGGGCUUGCUUGGAGAGUUAAAAGUCAAACGGUUAUUCAUACCGGCUGCUCAUGAAGCUGAGUCCUUAUGGACUGGGAAAUUCGGGUUUAUGGCGCUAGACCAAGAUGAGAUGAACUUCUAUACGAGUUUGUACCGCUUGAUGAUGUUUAAUGGGGCAGCGUUACUGCAGAAGCCGAUUCCUCGAGCCGCCGUAACCGAGUGUGUAGCAGAAGAUCCAUUUGAAGUAUUUGCAUGA